UCAGAUCACCGAUGAGCCGGCACCAGUAGGCACAGGAUGCUGCUGCUCUCCUCCUCCCAGUCACUUCCUGCCUUGUGACCACACACCCGGGGUUGACAGAGUUGUUGUGCAGAUCAGAAAGAAGGGGUUCUGGGCACACGCCAGUACCGCGGAGGACAGUUUGGCUACCAGAGUCCAAUGCUGAAGACUGCGGGGUCACUGCUGUUCUGAAGGACGUGUCGUUUGGCGUGACUUGCCACUCGGAGAGGUGUUGGCAGAUCUGUUGCCUAAAGCAAUAAAAAAUGGCCAGAGGAUCCGUAUCCGAUGAAGAAAUGAUGGAGCUCAGAGAAGCUUUUGCCAAAGUUGACACCGAUGGCAAUGGAUACAUCAGCUGCAAUGAGCUGAAUGACUUGUUCAAGGCUGCCUGCUUGCCUCUGCCUGGGUACAGGGUGAGAGAAAUCACAGAAAAUCUGAUGGCUACAGGUGACCUGGACCGGGACGGAAGGAUCAGCUUUGACGAGUUUAUCAAGGUUUUUCAUGGCCUGAAAAGCACAGACGUUGCCAAGACCUUUAGAAAAGCAAUCAACAAGAAGGAAGGGAUUUGUGCCAUCGGGGGCACUUCAGAGCAGUCUAGUGUUGGCACCCAACACUCCUACUCAGAGGAAGAGAAGUAUGCCUUCGUCAACUGGAUAAACAAAGCCCUGGAAAAUGACCCCGACUGUCGGCACGUCAUCCCCAUGGAUCCAAACACCAACGAUCUCUUCAGUGCCGUUGGAGACGGCAUCGUCCUUUGUAAAAUGAUCAACUUAUCAGUGCCAGACACAAUUGACGAAAGAACCAUCAACAAGAAGAAACUCACCCCUUUCACCAUCCAGGAGAAUUUGAACUUGGCUCUGAACUCUGCUUCAGCCAUCGGGUGCCACGUGGUUAAUAUCGGGGCUGAAGACCUAAAGGAAGGGAAGCCUUACCUGGUCCUGGGCCUGUUGUGGCAGGUCAUCAAGAUUGGGUUGUUCGCCGACAUUGAGCUCAGCAGAAAUGAAGCUCUGGCUGCUCUUUUGAGAGAAGGGGAGAGCCUGGAGGAUUUGAUGAAACUCUCCCCCGAGGAGCUCCUGCUGAGAUGGGCUAAUUACCACCUGGAAAACGCAGGCUGCAACAAAAUCAACAACUUCAGCAGCGACAUCAAGGACUCGAAAGCUUAUUACCACCUGCUUGAGCAGGUGGCUCCCAAAGGCGACGAAGAAGGCAUUCCUGCUGUUGUGAUUGACAUGUCAGGACUGAGGGAGAAGGAUGACAUCCAGAGGGCAGAGUGCAUGCUGCAGCAGGCAGAGAGGCUGGGUUGCCGGCAGUUUGUCACAGCCACUGAUGUGGUCCGAGGGAACCCCAAGUUGAACUUGGCUUUUAUUGCCAACCUCUUCAACAGAUACCCCGCCCUGCACAAACCAGAGAACCAAGACAUCGACUGGGGGGCUCUUGAAGGUGAGACGAGAGAGGAGCGGACAUUCAGAAACUGGAUGAACUCCUUGGGUGUUAACCCUCGAGUCAAUCACUUGUACAGUGACUUAUCAGACGCCCUGGUCAUCUUCCAGCUCUAUGAAAAGAUUAAAGUCCCUGUUGAUUGGAACAGAGUAAACAAACCACCAUACCCCAAACUGGGGGGCAACAUGAAGAAGCUUGAGAAUUGUAACUACGCAGUGGAACUGGGGAAGAAUCAGGCUAAGUUCUCCCUGGUUGGCAUUGGUGGACAAGAUCUCAACGAAGGAAACCGCACCUUAACACUGGCCUUGGUCUGGCAGCUGAUGAGAAGGUACACGCUGAAUAUCCUUGAAGAAAUCGGAGGAGGGCAGAAGGUCAAUGAUGACAUUAUUGUCAACUGGGUGAACGAAACACUGAAGGAAGCGGGGAAAAGUACAUCCAUCUCCAGUUUCAAGGACCCAAAGAUAAGCACGAGUCUGCCCGUUCUGGAUCUCAUCGAUGCCAUUCAGCCUGGUUCCAUUAACUAUGACCUUCUGAAGACAGAAAACCUGAAUGAUGAAGAGAAACUCAACAAUGCAAAGUAUGCCAUCUCUAUGGCCCGCAAAAUUGGAGCAAGAGUGUAUGCCCUCCCAGAAGACCUGGUGGAAGUGAACCCCAAGAUGGUCAUGACGGUGUUUGCCUGCCUCAUGGGGAGAGGAAUGAAGAGGGUGUGAGGCUCAGGGGGCGGGGCUGGAGGCGCAUGCGUGUUUCUCGCAGCUCAGCACCCCGGCACCCGGUGCUCCCAGGAAAUGCGGGGAUGAGUUGAGCCCUUCCAAAGCUUUCAACUUGGUGACCUUGUACAAGGUUCCAAAAAGUGUGUAUGUGUUCAGCCAGGUAGCCUCUGUGUAUUUAACAAAAAGUGCUCUAUUCUUUGCAAAAGACCCAGUCUCUUCCAAAUAUUUUUUUAAGUCAUGGAAUCGAUUGCUUCUUUGAAAAUCUAGAGGAAAACAACUCCUUUUCCAGGCACCCUUCUUGCUUUUGCCGUUAUAGUCAAGUAGAGAAUCCACAGUGCUGUCCAUUUUAACAUCUUUCAAACCGGCUUCAGUUGGCCGCCUUCUUGUGUAGGGUGAGAACCAGGAGGGGAGAAUCAUCAAACCAGCCCUAAAACUGGCUUCUGGAGGCCACCGUUUGACCUGUAACAAGCCUCCUUCGUGUCGCCCUUGUCCUACACUCCAUCUCCCUGUGACUUUGCCCUCCACCCACUCAGAUCCCUUCCUGAUGGCCCGCUUCUGCUGAUGUCCUCCUCUCCCUGCCCUUUGGGUCAUCUGACAAAUCAGUCAGGCUGGUGGGGUCCCCAGGAAUCUCUGGUAACCCACAGAAGUAAGACUCAUCAUCAGAGCCUUUUCUCAGCACCAAGGUCCCAAAUGCUCUCAGAUCUUGCUUUUUCAGCCAAUAGGAAGCCCUCAGUUUUUAACCCUGAGAUUUGGGCUCUGACCAGAUCUAACAUCUUGAAUACUAUGCCUUCAGAUAGGUUCUUUUUUUAAAAAAAAUUGUAUUAUAGUUGAUUUACAAUGUUCUGUCAAUUUCUGCUGUACAGCAAAGUGACCUAGGUACACAUGCAUUCUUAACUCUGGGCGGAUGGUUAGGUCCAAGGAGGGUGUCAUUGAGUAGCAAACCACGAGGGGGCAGUGUGGAGCCACAGCAAAACAGCGGUGCUUUGGUGCUGCCCUGCGUUAGAGCUGUUACUGUGCUAUGGCCAAAUAUCUGGUGACUGGGAACCAUCCUGCUCCGAUUUUAUUUGCUCUUAGAUCAUGGUGCAUCUGAUUGCUGCCUGGCCAAAGUUUACUUUUGGGUAGCCCCCUGCCCCAAGCUCCCAGGGGGCGAUAUGUGCCAAUGAACAGUGUCCCUACUUCACCCCUACUCCACACACACACACACACACACACACACACACACACACACGUACCUAGCCAGGUGUCAGGCUGGGUAAGAACUGGCUGAAUGGUUUUAUAAAGAGCUAAUUUACUGGAUAUUUAAAGAAUUCCAAAGCAAAAGCAGAGGAACAGUGUGAAUUUGAGCAGUUCUGAUAGAUUAUACAAUUUCCUUGAAAACCCACCAAAGACUAAAUAGCAACAGAGCAUGUGAACCAACACUAGACCCCCCCACCCCUGUCGUGGUGAAAGGGCUCAGGGGGGAGGUGUCCUCUUCCUUCGGGUUGUGUGUAAUGGAACUUAGUCAUUUUUCAAAGCGAUUGAAAUGCAUGGCCCUGGAGCCCAGUUCCUUGGCCGUGGGCUCAGGAAGCUGAUGUGUGGUUUCUCCCAGCCCAUAACCUGCCUCUGAAUGCACAGCGUCUGGCUCAGUCUUAAUCUGCACUUAAUGUAGCCCCUGAGAUUCUCCCCCGUCUGCCCCCAGGAAGAAUGUUACUGCCUUAAUGGAAAAUGAAGAGAAAAUAAUGCUGGAGAUGUCUCCAAAUAAAACGUUCCCUAUAUUGGACAUCUUCA